AUGCCUGAGCGAGACAGAGAGCCGUUUUCCAAUCCGUUGGCCCCAGAUGGCUACGAUGUGGACGAUCCUCACUCCUCCCACCAAUCUAAGCGCACCAAUGAGGAUUUCAGAAAACUUCUCAUGACCCCAAGGGCUGCGCCUACCUCUGCACCACCCUCUAAAUCACAUCACCAUGAGAUGCCAAGGGAGUAUAAUGAGAAGGAGGAUCCAGCUGCGUGGAGGAGAAGAAAGAAAAAUUAUGAAAAACUUCGCCAACAAGAAAUUGAGAGAGAGCGAGAGCUAGCAGAGAAAUACCGGGACCGGGCCAAGGAACGAAGAGAUGGUGUGAACAAAGAUUAUGAGGAAACUGAGCUGAUCAGCACCACGGCAAACUACAGGGCCGUGGGCCCCACUGCUGAGGCAGACAAAUCAGACAAAUCAGCUGCAGAGAAAAGAAGACAGUUGAUCCAGGAGUCCAAGUUCUUGGGUGGAGACAUGGAACAUACCCAUUUGGUGAAAGGCUUGGAUUUUGCUCUGCUUCAGAAGAUUCGAACUGAGAUUGCCAGCAAGGAGAAAGAGGAGGAAGAACUGAUGGAAAAGCCCCAGAAGGAAACCAAGAAAGACGAGGACCCUGAAAACAAGAUUGAAUUUAAAACACGUUUAGGCCGCAAUGUUUACCGUAUGCUCUUCAAGAGCAAAUCGUACGAACGGAAUGAGCUGUUCCUGCCGGGCUGCAUGGCCUAUGUGGUGGACCUGGACGAUGGGUAUGCGGACACGGACAUCCCCACCACUCUUAUCCGAAGCAAGGCUGAUUGUCCCACCAUGGAGGCCCAGACCACACUGACAACAAGUGACAUUGUCAUCAGCAAGCUCACACAGAUUCUUUCCUACUUGAGGCAGGGAACCCAUACCAAGAAGCUCAAGAAGAAAGAUAAAGGGAAGCUGGAAGAGAAGCCGCCUCCUGAGGCCGACAUGAAUAUAUUUGAAGACAUUGGGGAUUAUGUACCUUCUACAACCAAGACACCACGGGACAAGGAGCGGGAAAGAUACGGAGAAUGGGUGCGUGAUCGUGAAAGGGACAGAGAGCGGGACAGGGAACGGGAGCGAGAACGGGAGCGGGACCGAGAGAGAGAGAGGAGGAGAAGACACAGCUACUUCGAGAAGCCAAAAGUGGAUGACAAGCCCAUUGAUGUUGACAAAGGACCUGCAUCUGCCAAGGAUUUGAUCAAAUCCAUCAAUGAAACAUUUUCUGGUUCCACUGGCUGGGAAGGCACUGAAUCACGGAAGAAGCCAGAGGCCAAGAGGCAGCUUGGAGAUUUCUUUGGGAUGUCCAACAGUUAUGCCGAGUGCUACCCAGCCACGAUGGAUGAUAUGGCUGUGGACAGUGAUGAGGAGGUGGAUUACAGCAAAAUGGACCAGGGUAACAAGAAGGGCCCCUUAGGCCGCUGGGACUUUGAUACCCAACAGGAAUACAGUCAAUAUAUGAACAACAAAGAGGCUUUGCCCAAAGCCACAUUCCACUAUGGCAUCAAGAUGUCUGAAGGGCAGAAAACCAGGCGUUUUAAGGAAACCAAAGACAAGGCAGAACUUGAUCGCCAGUGGAAGAUUAGUGUAAUCAUUAAGAGGAAGAAGAUGGAAGCUGAUGGGGUUGAGGUCAAGAGACCAAAAUACUGA